AACUUCUACAUAAACUGCAUAAGAUACAUUGAAGGUUUGAUAAAAAUAGAUUCAAUUCAAGUAAGACAUAAAAAAUGUCUCUAUGACUAUAAAUACCAGGGGCUGUAAGAGAAUUGUAUUCAGUUUGUCAACAACUGUGUCUCUAGUACCUUCAACAUGAACUCCAUGAUCGCCGUCCUACUCGUCGCCACCUUGGCUUGCGCCCAUGCCUCAGUCUUAGGACUUGGAGCCGCUGCUCUCGUAGGACCAGGUAACCCAGGAGCUCUUUUGGUCGGACCUGCUGCAAGAUCUGCCGCCGUUGGACCCGACGGUAGUGUCAUCACUGCUGCCGCUCAAGCUGGUGCCGUAGCUGCUGCCCCAAUUCCCGGAGGUGUUGUCACCGCUGCUGUAGCUCCCGGAGCAGUCAUCCCCGGAGCUGGUCUCCUCGGUGCUCCAGGAUUGAUCGCUCCUGGUGUCGGAAUCGGUAUUGGUCCACUAGGUCUCGGUUUGGGACAUGGUGUUGGAUUGGGACUAGGAUUGAGACACUGGUAAAUGAGGAUUUUAAUAUAAUAGGACUGCUCUUGUGAUCUUUUGAUUUAUGUUUGUAAUAUAGUAAAUAUUAAAGA